AUGCUGCGCAAGUCGGGCACCCAGCGCCGGCAGCCGGCGUUGUGGCGGCGGUGCCGCAGCCUCCGGCAGAUCAAGCAGGUCCACGCGCGCAUGGUCCUCCGGGGCUUCCUAUCGGACCCCUCGGCGCUCCGCGAGCUCAUCUUCGCCUCCUCUGUCGGUGUCCGCGGCGGCACCGCGCACGCCCGCCUAGUGUUCGACCGAAUCCCGCACCCCGACCGGUUCAUGUACAACACCCUCAUCCGCGGCGCCGCGCACAGUGACGCGCCCCGGGACGCCGUCUCCAUCUACGCGAGCAUGGCGCGGCACAGCGGCGGCUGCGGCGGUGUGAUGGUGUGGCCGGACAAGCGCACCUUCCCGUUCGUGCUCCGCGCCUGCGCCGCCAUGGGCGCGGGCGAAACCGGGGCGCAGGUCCACGCGGACAUCAUCAAGGCCGGGUGCGAGUCGGACGCCUUCGUGAGGAACUCAUCGACAUGCACGCUACCUGCGGGGACCUAG